AUGAGCCAGCUCGCGCUGCGGGCGCAGAAUGACUACAUCUUCAACCUCCAAGUUCAGAUGGACAAGUACGCGCGCCUCAUUAGCUCUGUGAACGUUCGCAUCAAGUCGCUCGAAGACGAGUACAAGACGGUGCAGCAAAAGGUCGCACAGCUUCGCCUCAAGCGAAACGAAGGCGACCAGCGCGGCGGAGGCAUCAACGCUGUCAAGUCCAUGAUCAUGUGCGAAAACCGAGAGGUUGGGAAGCUCGAGAACCGCCUCGCGGCCUGUCGAACGCGUGAGAGCAAGCUCGUGGCGACCAACACGGAGCUCAAAAAGAAAAUUGAUGCCCUCCGCGCCAAUCGACUCUUUAGCCAAACCGUGUUCGAAAAGAACCAAAAACGACUUCGCGACAUUCAGCGCCAAAUGCAAGAGACGUUCAAGGUCUCGACGGCCAUCAUGGGCGAGCGUGACAAGGUCAUCGCCCAAGCGCACUCGCUCGCAAGUGUCAACAUGGAAGAGCAAGAAGCCUUUGACGAUAUUUACCAAAACCUGGCUAUGAUCAUCGCCCGCGAAAAAGAGUCGGCCGAUUCGUUCCGGAAGGAGGCCCUCAAGUCCGAGACACUCGAGACACACGAUGAAAACUACGUACGUGGCAACUACCGCAUCGAAGAGGAGGCCGAAAUGAAGCUCACACUGCACAAACUGGAUGUGGCGCUUCGGGAAGACAAGACUGCGAUUGAGGUCGUCAGUGAACGCCUCAAGCUGCACGAGUCGACGUUCAAGCAGAUCAUGAAGCACACGGGCUGCGACGACUACCACAAGUUGGUCGACAUUUAUACCAAAAAAGAAGAGGAAAAUUUCGCUCUCUUUCGCUACGUGCAGAAUAUCAACAAUGAAAGCGAGCAGCUCGAAGAGCAAACCGCAGCGUUGCAGCGCGAGCAGCAGCGCUAUGCGGACGAACUCAAGGAAGGCAGCGCCAACAUGCGCAAGCGGCUCAUCGACAGCUUGGAAGAAACCCGUCAAAAAAUUCUCAAGGAAAACGUCGAAUACGAGCGUCUGCGCCAAAAUGCCCAGCGCGAGUUUGGGCCGAUCGCGCGCGCUGUCGACAAGCUCUACAACUCGCUUGGCUGCAACGAAAUGGCGCCGCCAUCCGCCAACUCAGUCAACGCGGUCUCGGGCAAAAACGACGACCAGAAUGCCAUGGCGAUUCGCAUGAGCUCGAUGAACGACUUGUUGGCGGCCCACGGGAUCACCGAAGGCAACAUUCUCCAAUUUCUUGCGAUCAUUGAACAACGGAGCAACGACUUGCUGGAGCAAUUUACCCGCCGCCUGCAGCACAAGAACCCGCAAAACCUCGCCACGACGUCGCUCGGGGCGCACUUGCAGCCGAGCGACCCGAACCGCGCCAACGGCUUGCACCUCAAUUUCAAUCUCAACCAGGCGCCGCCGCACUUGAUCGAGGGCAAUUCCGAAUUUGAGAACAACAGCGACGAGGACGACGGCCUCGUGCCCGUCUCUACCAGCGACCUACAACGCAAGGCCGCCAAGAGCCUCUCGGGCCAGAUGCAGGUCAACACCAAGUUUUCGCCCGGCAAAAACAAAAACAAGAAGCGCAAAUAGCGCGUUCAUAGCAUGUUGCUAAUACACUGCAGAAUUCCUACGUGC